AGUGAUGCAAGGAAGCAAUCAAACCAGUCGCGUAAGUGGGUUUCGGGUGCGAUGUCGAAGCAAAAGCUAUGGAUUCCUUUAUCCUCCAUUGUCCGACGAGCUCUUCGCUUAACACAACGCGUUCCGAUCAGCUCCGCCGCAAGAACACAACCAAUUCUUGCUUCUUUUUCGCCCUCCAAUUCAGAGAACUGCGGUCUCUUUCCCAGCCGCGGUUUUGAUUUUUUGGGCAGUUCCAAACUCUCCGGAAGGUGCUCUCUCUCUACUCAAUCGGCGGAGAAAGUAGUCGACGCCAAGUGUUGGAAUUGUAAUGCUGAAGCUGAGGCGGCGCCGUUUCUGGUUUGUCGGUCUUGCCGUUGCAUUCAACCCGUUGAUCAGUCGGUGGAUUACUUUCGGAUAUUCGGUUUGGAGAAGAAAUAUGAUAUUGAGGACGACAAUUUGGAGCGGAAGUACAAGGACUGGCAGAAAAAGUUGCAUCCUGAUUUAGUUCAUUCAAAAUCAGAGAGAGAAAGAGAAUAUGCUGCUGAGCAGUCUGCUCGGGUGAUUGAUGCAUUUCGAACACUUAACAAGCCUUUGUCAAGGGCAAUUUACAUUCUGAAACUGGAAGGUGUAGAUGUUGAUGAAGAAGAAACAAUUUCAGAGCCAGACUUGCUAGCUGAGAUUAUGGAAAUCAGGGAAGCUGUUGAAGAGGCAGCUGACUCUCAGGCUUUAAAACAGCUUCAGUCACAGAUGCAAGAGAAACUAGAACACUGGUCAAACUUAUUUGCAAUUGCAUUUCGUAACCGGAACUUUGGAGAUGCUCGUAAAUCUAUUCGGAGAAUGACUUACUAUGAGCGUGUCAAUGAAGAAAUUGUGAAAAAGCUCUGAUAUAGAGUGCCCAUGUUUGCCAUCAGUGUCAGCAUCGGUGCUUUUCUGUGAACAAAAUUUAGCUGCAAGGUUUCACUAGCAGAUGACUUAACAAAGAAUAUGAGGAAUUUAUUGAAGACCUUAUGAGAACACUUAUCAGCGAGUGAUAGAGAAAAAACAAAAUUUAAAAAAUGCAAGGAUGAAUUUGCGGUUGUGUCCGUAGACAUAUUCACCGUCACAGAUUUAUUCUUUUGGCAACACAUGGCAGAGAGGCAUCUACUUUUUCUGUGAAAAAUUGCGAGCAUUCUCAACAUUCACUUUUACUAGGGUUGUUAAGACUGGGGAAGGAUACACGACUAUGAUGCAUGUAUUUUCUCUUUUCACAUUUUCUCACAAGAGCUCACGGAAGUGUAAGGAUUAUUUAUUAUCUUAUCAAACAAUUAUAAUUAUGGUUGA